GAAUGGUCACAGUGACAGGGAUGUAUUUACCACAAGGCAGACAAGGCAUUUGCCUAGGGCGGCAUUGUUCAGGUGACACACACGGCAUGGGGACCUGGUGGGUUCCAAGACAGGCUGUGGGUUUCAUGACGGUGUAUGCACAGCCCGACUCUCGUUCUCGAGGAUGUCCAGAGUUGUGAAGGUGAGUGUCUUUCUUUCUUGCCAUGGGGGAUGGUAGCUGGUGUAUGGGGGGCAGUGGUAGUGGAAGGCUCUCUUGGGUGGCAGGCAGGGGUGUUGUUGGUCAAUGUCAGGCUCUCUCUGCGGGGGGGGGGCGCUGAUUUUUGUGUUUGCCUA